AUGCCCAGCUUCCCACCAACGGUUGAAAGUGCCCUCGAUUCGCUGCACACCACCACAAGCUCAUCACCGGUGCCUCAAGACGUAGCAAAGGCCUCAUCGCCUGUGAUAAUGGGCGUUGAUGAAGCAGGCCGUGGCCCUGUGCUUGGACCAAUGGUCUACGGCAUCUGCUACUGCACCAAGGAGUAUCAGGAUACGGUUCUAAUACCGAAAUAUGGGUUCGAUGACUCGAAGAAAUUGACCGACGAGGUCCGCCGUGAGUUGUUUGCCAGGAUCUACCAGGGCGAGAUCAGUGGUGUGGGCUACGCCACCACCUGCAUCACACCAGCAGACAUAUCGAGCGGCAUGCUGCGCUUCCCACCAUCAAUGAAUUACAACCUGAACGAACAGGCACACGAUGUCACAAUGAGCUUGAUCCAAGGCGUCAUUGACAAUGGCGUAAAACUGCAUCACGUUUACAUCGAUACUGUGGGGCCUCCAGCGUCUUACCAGAAGAAGCUAGAACAAAGAUUUCCAAACAUCAAAUUCACGGUCGCCAAGAAGGCAGAUUCGCUCUACUGCGUCGUAAGUGUCGCCAGUGUUGUGGCCAAAGUGACCAGAGACAUUAUCGUCGAGCAAUCGAGAAGGCACCCUGACGAGCUGAUCGGCUCGGGUUAUCCAUCAGAUCCGAGAACAACCGCCUGGUUGCGCGGCUCCCAGACACCAUUGUUUGGCUGGCCAAAAGAAAUGGCUAGGUUUUCCUGGCAGACCUGUCAAACCUUGAUGAAUAACCCAGGUACAGGCAGCAUACCCAUCGAAUGGGAAGAACAGUACAUCGGUUCCAAGAAAAAUAUGGCUCAGCAAUGGGCAGCUAAGGCUUCACCCAACAAAGAUGCCAUCAAAACUCUAGAUAACUGGUUCAAUUGA